AUGGCGGGGGGCCCGGACGCCAAGCUCCCUUCGCCCCGGCCUGCUUCCCCACGGGCGGCCGCCGCGCCCGGGCCCGGGCCCCACCAAGGGCGGCCCGCUGCUGGCCGGCGCCGCGCGCGCUGCUCCCAGCGCCCGCCUCCUCCGCCGCCGCCGCCGCCGCUCUUCGCAACACAGCCGCCUCCGCCUCCUCACGCGCCGCGCCCAAUGCGCACGCGCGGGGGGCCACCCGGGCCCCGCCUCUUCCUCUCCCCUGAUGGACCGCCCUUAGUGACGGUGAAGGUUGUCAUUCUGGGACAGGAUCCUUAUCACAGCCCUAAUCAAGCUCACGGGCUCUGCUUCAGUGUGCAAAGACCAGUUCCACCUCCACCCAGUUUGGAAAACAUUUUUAAAGAGCUGUCUACAGACAUCGAUGGUUUUGUUCAUCCUGGCCAUGGGGAUUUGUCGGGGUGGGCCAGACAAGGUGUCCUCCUCCUCAACGCUGUCCUCACUGUCUGCGCCCACCAGGCCAAUUCCCAUAAGGAGAGAGGCUGGGAGCAGUUCACUGAUGCGGUUGUGUCCUGGCUAAACCAGAACCUGACUGGCCUUGUCUUCCUGCUCUGGGGCUCCUAUGCUCAGAAGAAGGGCAGUGCCAUCGAUAGGAAGCGUCACCAUGUCCUGCAGACAGCCCAUCCCUCCCCACUGUCAGUGUACAGGGGAUUCUUUGGAUGUAGGCAUUUUUCUAAAGCCAAUGAACUGCUCCAGAAGUCUGGCAAGAGGCCCAUCAACUGGAAGGAGCUGUGAUCUGCAGUGCGGGCCACCUGUCUCCAAUAGUGGCUCUGGGAUGCUGCCACUGAAGCAUUGGCCAGUUUAGAAGUCACUGAAAAUGUCCCUGUUGUUAAGUUUCUGUGUGUGAGGACAAUGGAAAGAUCUCUGUAAAGCAGUCACAUGCCAGCCAGGCUGCAGAAACCACAACUUUAGCAACCAGACCUCGACUGGCACUAGGUUGGAACUCUGUGGGCUAGUCAGGCUGGCUUCUCAUGGUCCAGUCACAUACUCGGCCCUCUGGGCUAUAUUGGCUUGCGGGAGAGAGUUGUACCUUUUGAUCAGCUGAAAGUUUGGCACCUACUCCUGUUUAUUUACUUUUGCCUUUAGACUAGAGCUUACAAGGUGUUCUGGCUAUGUUCUAAAGGCCCUUAUGUCUCUAAAGGGUGUUUUGUGAUCUUAAGAAAUGAGGCUAGAAAUUGAGACUGUUCCCUAUUACAAAGGGAGCGAGUGUGUGUUUUCCUGGGCUCAGGAGUGGCUGCUGCCCAUCCUGCUGCUUGUCUAGAUUUUUGCCUUAAGCAAGUGGUAAGUUGAGCAAAGCAGAGGACAGGUUUGUUUUUGUUUUAAAUGGGGAGGGCUCUUCUCCUGCCUCUGGAGUUGGGGUUCCCCACAGCAGAUGGCCGGAUGCUGGUUUAUGUAUAGAACUGGGGAUCCAGCCCCAGGGUCCUGGUUUUUAUGGACUGAAUUCACGCAGAUUAUGUUUUUCUGCGACAC